UUUUUCUCUGGUUCGUUUUCGGCACCAUGUGGGCGCGAGCUAUGCUGUGCGCGGCGCUGCUGUCCGCGCUCUGCCCGGCGGGAAGGACAGAAACCGAGAGGGACGAGAGAGAGGUCCAGGACUACCGGUACAACUCCAACAGACUGCUGGGCGCCCUGCAUGAAGUCCUGGAGAAACUGCAAACCAAGAGGAUUAAUCCCUGGGAGAAGAAAUAUGGACAGGUCCCCUCUUGUGACCUGGGGGAGCACUGCGCCGUCAGAAAAGGAUCUCGUAUUGGAAAGAUGUGUGACUGUCCCCGAGGAGCUUUCUGUAACUUCUUCCUGCUGAAGUGCUUAUGAGCCAAUCAGAAGACAGAGCACAGCGAGAGUUUAUUUAUAAAUGUAUAUUUUCCAAAUACAUAUGAAAAUUCGAAGGAUGUAAAAUAGCCUUUAGAGUGGAAUAAAUCCUCUAUUAACCUAAUGUGAAGACAAUCUUUCUGUCCACUCCUGUGUUGCAUUAAAGGUGUUUUAUCUUAUUUUUUUUUUCCACCGACUCUUCUGUUUCAUUCCAU